GCCCGCCCUCGGGGGCGGGGCCGUACAAAAGCGGCGGCGCCCGCGGCGGGUCCCGCAGUCGCGGCGGGGCCAUGAAUGGGCCGCAGGGUUGGUGCGCGGUGCUGGACGUGCGGCCCCACGGCGAGAGUCCGGACACUGUGAAGGUGCUGAGGCUGACUCUGCCCAACCAGCUGCCCGGGCAGCAGUGCCAGCAGCUGAAGCAGAAGCCAGUGGGCAAAGCCUUCGCCAUGGUGGCAAACAGGUCCAGCAAUGGCCACUCCCUGGCCUCUGAGUGCAUCAAGUCCAACGAUGGCGAUGAGGAGAUCAUCAAGGUUUACCUGCGGGCACGAGCCGAGGGCAGCAUCGCCCACGAGGAGCAUCUCAGCCAGCUCAAGAGUGAGGUUCGACACAUCCAGGAGGCCAGAAGUUCCCUGAAGAAGCUGAGAGAGGACCUAAGUGGAGAACUUGAGAGCAGAGCAGGAGCUGAAGAGCACCCACAGGUCACACUGGAGAGGCAGAAUGGGAGCUGGCUGCACACCGAGAGGCUGCCCGAGGUCUGCUGGGAGGAGCAGGAGGAGGACGUGGAGCGGAUCCGGCAGACGGCCAAGAGGCUCUUCAGCAGGCUGCAGGAGGCUGAGCAGAGGCAGCAGCAGGAGAGGAAAGCCUUCGAGAGGACGGUGGCUCAGUACCAGGAGGAAGCAGAGCAGAGGAGCUGUGCCCUGAGGAGGGCAGAGAAGAACAUCCUGGAGAAGGAGGUGCAGGUGGAUGAGCUGCAGAGGCUCCUGGCAGGCAUGGAGAAGGAGCACAGGAGCCUGCUGCUGAAGAUGAAAGAAGGAGAGGCAGAGCUGGCGAGGCUGCAGCGCCGGGAGGGUGCCAAGCUGGCCCAGCAGGACAGGUCAGCCCAGCUGGAGCAGGAGGUGGCCACGCUGAGGGAGAAGAUUCACCACCUGGACGAUAUGCUCAAGAGCCAGCAGCGGAAGGUGCGGCAGAUGAUCGAGCAGCUCCAGAACUCCAAAGCUGUGAUCCAGGCCAAGGAUGCCAUGAUCCAGGAGCUGAAGGAGCGAGUUGCCUACCUGGAGGCUGAGAACCUGGAGAUGCAUGACCGCAUCGAGCACCUGAUCGAGCAGCAGGUCAGCCGGGGGGCGCCCAGCCGAGCGCGCUCCAAGUCCGAGUACGUCAGCAGCCAGCGGCUGUCGGGCCCCAAGCCGCUGCCGCUCAUCCGCGUGGUUGAAACCUGAGCUGCGAGGGCAGGUCCCAGCUGAAGACUCUUCCCCUUCUCCUCGACUGGAUCCUCCCUGCUUGGCUGCCACCCUCCGGCCUCUGCUCCCCGGAGCCCGGCGGCGGAGGCUGCGCCCCUGGAGAAGCGGCGGCGGCCGAGGAGCGGCGCAGCCCCGAGGCAGUCCCAGGCAGAGGAACGGAGCAAAGCAUCAACCUCGCUGCCCCCGCCCGGGGAUGCCAGCCCUGGCAGGCGGGCACCGUGCUGGGCUAGCUGCGGGGCCAGGCUUGCUUUGGCCCGCUCAGGCCUGGGCUUUGCCAGGGUUGGCUCUCCAGGAGCAGCCUUUUGCUUCUCGGAAGGGCCAAGCAGAGCCUUCCCCACCCCCAGCCUUCGCCUCGCAGUCUGCCUCCGAGGACCCUGGGGUCUGAGCUCCCAGAGCAGCCCUGAACGGGAGCAAGAUUCCAUCUUCCCCAAAGCAGGAAAGCCUCCUGCCAGCAGAGCCCCUCCUGCCCCCCAGCUGCCCGGGCUGGGACCCUCCUCCCCCUCCCUGUCUGGCUCCAGACCCGGCCGAGGCUGGCCCCAAGGCUCAGCCUCCUCAGCCCUGCGUGUCUCAGGAGGAGGCUGCAGCCGAGGUCCUGGCAGCCUUCGCACCCCCGAGGCUGUGUUGGGUUUUUUGUUACCCUCUUUGUAUUUAUUGCAAUAAAUUAUUGGUGUCUUCCA